GUUAAAAUAUAUUCUUAGAUAUUUUGUAAUCGAAGCAAAAAAGUGGUACUCGAACCCAAAUAAAGGGCAUUUCACACGAUGGAGAACUAUGAACUAGAGUAGUACACGUAUAAAAGAAUACAUUCGUGUUAUGUGGUAUUUUUUGACAUACUGUUAGCAUACGUGACUAGCUAUUUACGCGCCCUGGUAGACGGAGGACCUGAGGGUAAACACGAUCAGCCAUGGGAGCGAACAAAGAUCGCAGAUCCAAAAGUCGCUCCAGAGAGAGAAAUAAGAGCAGGAAAGAUCCAGACAGAUCCAGGGACAGAUCCAGAGACAGACCCCCGCAGGAGAAACGUGAUGAAAAGCGAUCUGUGGUGAAAGGUUAUGAGAGGAGAGCUCGAUCAGAGAGCAGUGGAUCAGGAGGAGAAGGCAGUGUGAGCAGAGGCAGGAGAUCCGAUCAAUAUAGUGAUUCAGACAGAGAGAACCGAGGGAGAAAACACCAACCACGUGGAACAUCUAAACACUCAGACAGUUCAUCAUCUGCUGAGCGCAAUCAAAAGAAACACAAAAAGAAAAGCCAGAUGAAGAAAGGCGAGCACAGACGAAGCAGAAGUAGAAGCUCCUCCGUUUCCAGCACCCGUUCCAGCGCGGAGAGACGUCGAGCGAGGGACGGGAGCAGUAGCGACAGAGAGAGGAGGAGAUGGAGGAGUUCUGAUCGCAGAAGCCGAAGCCCCAGCCCCAGCCCCAGCAGAGACAGACGUCGGGAACGAGAUGACACGAGAAGGACAAGCAAAGGUAGAGAUGGGAGAAGUGAGGAGAGGGACCGGACCAGGAGGAGGAACGAUAGCGAUGACAGCAGGGACAGACGGCACGGGAGGAGGUCACGCUCGGCUUCGUCUGAAUCGUCUGAGUCGGAGGGCUCUGAGCGGGACGAUAAAAGUGGAGGACAAGCCGGGGUGUCACAGAAGGAUGAGCGAAAAAAGAAGAAGGAAAUGAUGAAGGCUUUGGAGACGCCAGAGGAGAAAAGAGCUCGUCGGUUGGCUAAGAAAGAGGCCAAAGAGAGGAAGAAGAGAGAGAAGAUGGGAUGGAGUGAAGAGUACAUGGGCUACACGAAUGCAGACAACCCGUUUGGAGACAAUAACCUGCUGGGCACCUUCAAAUGGCAGAAGGCUCUUGAGAAGAAGGGUAUUGGACAUCUGGGGGAGAAGCAGCUAAAAGAAAGGAACAAGUGUAUCCAGGAGGACAAUCGCAGAGAACUACAGAAGGUAAAGCAGCUGCGUCUGGAGCGGGAGAGGGAGAAGGCAAUGAGGGAGCAAGAGCUGGAGAUGCUGCAGAGGGAGAAGGAAGCGGAGCAUUUUAAAACCUGGGCAGAACAAGAGGACAGCUUUCAUUUGCAUCAGGCCAAGCUCAGGUCUAAGAUCCGCAUCAGAGACGGUCGAGCCAAGCCCAUUGACCUGCUGGCUAAAUACAUCAGUGCUGAAGAUGAUGACCUAGCUGUAGAGAUGCAUGAGCCGUACACCUUCCUCAAUGGACUCACUGUUACUGACAUGGAUGAUCUGCUGGAGGACAUUAAGGUGUAUAUGGAGUUAGAACAGGGGAAGAAUGUGGAUUUUUGGAGAGACAUGACCACCAUCACGGAGGACGAGAUCAACAAACUGCGCAAGCUGGAGGCAACAGGAAAAGGACCAGGUGACCGUCGUGAGGGCAUCAACACUUCGGUCAGCACGGACGUCCAGUCAGUAUUCAAAGGCAAAACGUACAGCCAGCUCCAGGCCCUGCACAUAAACAUCGAGACUAAGAUCCAGGCCGGUGGCUCCAAUCUGGACAUCGGCUACUGGGAGAGCCUGCUGCAGCAGGUGCGGGUCUAUAUGGCCCGAGCCAGACUGAGGGAGAGGCAUCAGGAUGUGCUGAGACAGAAACUGUAUAAGCUGAAGCAGGAGCAGGGAGUGGAGAGUGAACCACUCUUCCCAAUCAUGAAAGAAGAACCUGAGGAAAUCAGCGCACAAGAUGUAGUAUCAGCUGCACGAAAAGGGGCGUCGUCUACAAGCUCUCCCUCCGAUCAGGUGAUGAAUAAGGAGAACGACGAGGCAGACCAUGAGAGUGACGACGAGAGACCGGGACCGAGUUCUGGUCCAUCUAAGGAGGACCAGCAGGGCGAGGGAGGAGAGGAGGGUAAAGGGGAAGAGAAGAGUGAAGAAUUGGAGGCGGUGUUGACGGAGGAGGAUCUGAUCCAGCAGAGUCAGGCUGAGUACGAUUCGGGUCGCUACAGUCCCGCGCUCCUGCAGACCUCUGAACUCCCGUUCGACUCGCACGUUGUGGAUGUGGAGGAGGAUCUACAGCGACUACGGCUCGCACGCAGACAGCUGCAGGUCACGGGUGACGCCAGCGAAAGUGCCGAGGACGCGUUCGUGCGCCGCGCCAAGGAGGGCAUGGGAGGCGACGAGGCCCAGUUCAGCGUGGAGCUGCCCCUCACCGGAAAGAUGUACCUGUGGGCCGACAAGUAUCGGCCGCGCAAGCCUCGCUUCUUCAACCGCGUCCACACGGGCUUCGAGUGGAACAAAUACAAUCAGACUCACUACGACUUCGACAACCCGCCUCCCAAAAUCGUCCAGGGCUACAAGUUUAACAUCUUCUACCCGGAUCUGAUCGACAAACGCUCCACACCACAGUACUUCCUGGAGCCCAGCCCCGACAACAAGGACUUCGGAGUUCUGCGCUUCCAUGCCGGGCCACCGUAUGAAGAUAUCGCGUUUAAGAUCGUCAACCGAGAGUGGGAGUACUCGCAUCGGCACGGCUUCCGCUGCCAGUUCGCUAACGGGAUCUUUCAGCUGUGGUUCCACUUUAAGCGCUAUCGUUACAGGAGAUAAGGGCGCGGGCGUGAGGGUGAAGCCUUCGUGCUGCAUACUUGUUGUUUUUUUGGUGUGUAUAAUCAUUACAUCAAAAACCCUCAACGUACGAGUGUAUGUGGUUUAAAACUUCAAGUAAUAGUAACACAGAAAGCUGCACCAAACAUGAUGAUAUCAUUUUGUACAUUUCUGGUGAUCAGUAAACCAUUCCUGCUACCUGUUGCCUAGUUUUCAGUUCUGUAAACUGAUUUGCCAGUGCUUGUAUUUUUACUAUUUUGUUUAAAUAAUUAAACUAUCUUUCUUCA